UUUGUUUGUGUUUUUUUAAUAUUUUGUAAGAUUCGGAUGUUUGUUUAUAGUUAUAAUUAUGGCGAAAAGAGCAUUAACGGACACGGAGUUAGAGGAACUAUUAUACGUAGACGAGGAGGAGUUUGACUUGGAUCAGUUUAGUUCAGAGAGUGACGAAUGGGAGGAUAUAGAUCAAAAUCUCAGUGAAAAUGAUUCUGACGAAGAGUCUGAGGAACGUGUUUAUAAUUUAAAUUUAUGGAGGCCAUGGACAGCAAAUGAACCAAGAUUUAAAAUAUUCCCUUUCUUAGAAGAUGUUGGAUACCAUCCACCACGAAAUAACCAGCCAGUGUCCGAACUAGAUUUUUUUCAGUUAUUUUUUACGGACGAACUUAUACAAGCAAUUGUGGAUGAAACAAAUAGAUAUGCUGCAGAAAAAAUUUUAAUAAACACGCCGCUCACAAAAAGGUCAGUUUGGAAGUCUUGGAAACCAGUCACAUUAGAAGAAUUUAUGGCAUUUUUGGGCGUUUUACUUAAUAUGGCCUUAAAUCCAAAGACCGAACUAUCUGACUAUUUUUCUAAUAACUGGAUCGACCAUCAACCCUUUUUCAAAGAUAUUUUUUCGAGGGACAGAUUCAUGCAAAUUUUUUGGAAUCUUCACGUUUCUCCACCCGAAGAAGAGCAGAUGGGAGUGAAGAGUCGUAGCGCCAAAGUGAAAAAUGUGUUAUGGUAUCUGGAAACACAAUUCAAGAAGUUUUAUACUCCAGAUAAGAAUAUUUCUGUAGACGAAAGUACUAUUGGUUUUAAAGGCAAAGUAUCCUUUAAAGUUUAUAAUAAAGCCAAACCUACAAAAUGGGGAAUAAAAGUAUAUGUGCUUGCAGAUUCAAAAAAUGGUUACAUAUUUACGAUGGAGCCAUAUUUGGGAACUCAAACAACCCAGGGAUUGAUACGCCCAGAUUUACCAGCAACCGCCCGCAUAGUAGUUCAUUUGGUGCAAAAACUUCUUAAUUCUGGAACUGGUUCGGGAGGUUACCAUAUAUUUAUAGAUAGAUAUUAUUCAAGCCCUUUGUUAGCACGCGAGUUACAUAAAAUAAACAUACAUGUAACGGGUACUGUAAUGGCUAAUCGACAAGGAAUUCCGACAGAAUUAACUACCGCAUAUACAAGAAAAUUUAAAAAAGGCGAGAUAUCUUCCAGGCAUGACAAUUCUAUAUCAGUACUGGCAUGGAAAACAACAUGGAAGACAACUCAGUACAAAAUAUAACCAGGCGAACGAAGACCGCUGAAGGGCGUUGGAUUGAAGAAGUCAUAGAAAAACCUACAGUUAUAUAUGAGUAUAACAAAUUUAUGGGAGGGGUUGACGUUGCUGAUCAUUAUGCAGCAAGCUACCAAUUUUUGCGAAAAACAAGUAAAUGGUGGCGAAAAGUAUUUUUCUGGUUAUUAGAUGUGUCGAUAAAUAAUGCCUUUAUAUUACAAAAAAUAGCAACAAAUAAUCAGCAACUUCGAUCGAGGAAUUUCAGGAAAAAAUUAGUUAUUCAAUUAGUUGGAAACUACAGAAAUACAUCCAGACGUCGAUCAGCUUAUGGUGCCGAGGAUAUUUCUCGUCUAAAUAAUAGGUUCCAUGCCAUUUAUGCAAGAAAAAAUAAUUCCGAUUGCAAAGUUUGCAGUGAUCGAUCAAAAAAAGGUGGCCGAAAAACUACUACCUAUUAUUGCAAAACAUGUCAAGACCACCCUGCUUUGCAUCCCGGGGAGUGCUUUGAGAAAUAUCACACCGAGGAAAAUUACAGAUAAAUACGUGUUCUUUUUUGUUUUUUUUUUUAGAAUAAAUAUCAUGCUUUCCUAUAAACUAUAAAAUGCGUUUUAUUUUUAACUUUCUUGAUAAAAAAAAAUGUUCUAAAAGUAUAUUAAAAAGCUCUCCGAUAAAAAAAGAAAUUUGCUGCCAUUUAUUACAUGAUAUAUUACAAAUGUUUACUAAAACUUUAUUUUUUUAUUUUACUCAAUAUAUCUUUUAUACUUUUGCUAAAUUUUAAUAUUGUAAGGCAAUUAGAAUAACAAAUAACAAUAAAUAAACCUAUCAAGUCCCAUAAAAUAUAUUCGUUGCAAAUUAGCCUCCGAGCUGUACGGAGAAUCGGCGGUAAUUACCGAACGAGCGGGAUGGUUGUCAUGGUAUAGAUGACAACGAUCUGUGCUCUUAUCUGAAAGUUGCACUGCCGUCCGCAAAGG